AUGGAUGACGAAGCUUCGAGUUCAACUUCACAAUUUGGAUUUUUCGAUCGAUUUCCGGAGAUUUUGAUAUCGAAAAUUUUUGAUUAUGUGAGUUUUAUUGGGGAAUUUUUUGAAACCUCCUGAAACUUUUAAAAGUUCUCCUGGAGCUUCUGAAGCCUUCUGAAGUCUUCUGAUGUUGUCUGAAGUUUCCAGAACCUUCUGAAGCCUUCCGAAGUCCUCUGAUGCUUUCAGAAGCCACCUGAAACUUUUUCAAAAUUUCUAGCGAAAAAUUCAUGAUUUUGAAACUAGGAAAAAAUAUUUUCAAUCAAUUUUUCUUAAGAAUUCAAUUUUUUCAUAUAACUUUUUUUUUUUGAAAAACUAAAAUUUAGAAAAUUUCAAAAAGUUUAGAAUUUUAUCUGAUUUUAAAAAAUGAGGCGAAAUUUAGAGGCUAGAAUUUUUUUUUCAUAUUUUUCCUAUAUCAAAAAAAUUUAAAGCUCUCCUGAAUCCAGAAUCCCCACAAAAAUUUCAAAAUCUCCCAAAAAUAAUUCUAAUUUUUUCCAGCUCGACGACUCAGAUGCUUAUAAUUUCUCGGAAACCUGUCACAAAAUCAAAAAACAAUUUCUGGCCAUUCAAAAAUCCAAGAAAACCAUGAUUUCUUAUGGAACUUGGCGAUUGGAAGUUGAAAAUCAGAAUCAAAUUCAGAAUGCGAACCCAAAUCCGAAUUAUAAUCAUUUCCAAUUCUUGGAUUAUUGUCAAACUUUUUGGCUCGUUGAGGUUUUCAGCAAUGUGAGUUGUACAUAAGCUACAGUACUUUGAAGGACAAAAAAUCAAUAAUUUUUUUUCAGCUAGACCCCCAGGAUGCUCAAAAUUUCGCCAUGACUUGUCGUAACAUCAGAACACAUCAUAUCCGAUUUCAAAGAGAAAAUCCAAUUUUCAUGACAAUCGAUGGCGAAAAUCUUGGCAUUCCGAUUUUUGAAUGA